AUAUAUCAAGCGAGAUUGAGGGAGAAAGAUAAAAAGCAGAGAGAGAGAGAGAGAGAGGAGAGAUAGCAAUGAGUUCAGGAGGAGAGAUGAAGGAGGACUGCCAUGGAUGGGCUGCAAGAGAUCCAUCUGGAUUGCUCUCUCCUUACAAAUUUGGCCGCAGGGUUGUUGGAAGUGAUGAUGUUUCCCUAAAAAUUACCCAUUGCGGAGUGUGUUAUGCUGAUGUUAUAUGGACCAAGAAUAAACAUGGAGACUCAAAGUACCCCUUAGUGCCAGGACAUGAGAUUGUUGGAAUUGUUAAAGAGGUUGGUUCCAAUGUUCAUCACUUCAAAGUUGGAGACCAUGUUGGAGUGGGAACUUAUGUCAAUUCAUGCAGAGAUUGUGAGUAUUGUGGUAUGGAUAUGGAGAUCUACUGCUCCAAGGGGGCUGUCUAUACUUUCAACUGUAUUGAUGCCGAUGGUACGGUCACAAGGGGUGGAUAUUCUAGUUACAUUGUUGUUCAUGAAAGGUACUGCUUUAGGAUACCUAAUGACUUACCGUUGGCCUUAGCAGCACCACUGCUAUGUGCAGGAAUAACCGUUUAUAGUCCCAUGAUUCGCCAUAAAAUGAACCAGCCCGGUAAAUCUCUUGGGGUGAUCGGUCUAGGUGGCCUCGGUCACUUGGCAGUGAAGUUUGGGAAGGCUUUUGGAUUGAGUGUUACAGUUUUUAACACCAGUAUAUCUAAGAAAGACGAAGCCCUGAACAAGCUUGGUGCAGAUAGUUUUGUGAUCUCGUCUGACGAAGAACAGAUGAAGGCCAUGACUAAUUCACUCAACUUUAUUAUCGACUCAGCAUCGGGGGAUCACCCGAUUGAUCAGUACAUGUCACUGUUGAAAACCAGUGGCUCCUUCGUCCUGGUUGGUUUCCCAAGUGAAAUCAAGGUCAAUCCUAUAAGUCUGAUAAUGGGUAUGAAAACAAUAUCCGGUAGCGCGACAGGGGGAACAAAAGAGACGCAAGAAAUGUUGGAUUUUUGUGCAACUCAGAAGAUAUACCCAGAGGUUGAACUGAUUCCUAUUGAUUAUAUAAAUGAAGCUUUAGAGCGGAUGAUAAGGGGGGACGUGAAGUACCGGUUUGUUAUUGAUAUAGAGAACUCUUUGAAACGAAACGAAGGAAAAUAAAAAAAAAAUCAAUAGUUGUGAUAUUAGUGAAGAUAGAAGUGAGUAGAGGAUUAAAUAAAGGGUGAGAGAAGUGAUGAUCUUCUUGAUGUGUUGUGGUACUACAUAUUUGUGUUUUUAAGUCAUGUUUGAAUUAUGAAUUUGUAGAUUAUGGAUUUGUGAUAAAAAAAAAUUGCAGAGGGAAGGAUUUGAAGGAAAGAUAUAUGAAAAAUAUCAAUUAAGUGAGCCCUUGACUGUA